AUGGCCAAGUCGGUGGAGAGGUCCAAAAAUAUACAGGGACCAAUCCGUAAAGAUCUAUGGCGAGCCUAUACCGAUCUAACGGCGGGUCUGACGGCCAUCAUGUCCAGGAGCGGAGAAGACGAAGAGGCGCGACAGCGCCGAGAGGAACGCGCGGCUCUGGCUAAGGCCAGAGCUAAAUGGGAAGCCGAGAAGCGCAAAAUGGAGGCGGAGCUCGGGCAGCUCCGCGUCCGCGUGGCGCUUCUCGAGAAGAGCUCGCACACGCGCGCUACUGACAUAGAUGGCUACACCGACGCCGAAGUCCAAACGGACAUGGACCUCGACGCGGAGGUCAUCGAUUCCUUGACCGGGGAACCCCCUCACUUGCCGCACCCGAAGUACUCGGAUACGGCGACCGGGGAAUCCCCCGGUGAGGCACCGUACGAAGCUGCCACCACCAAGCGCACCUUGCCGGUGGUGGUCAGCGUAGAAAAGCUGAAGGAGCCGUACUUUCGUCCGCCGCUAAAGGGGGUCAGCAAGCAGCUGAACCCCCUGUCGAAAGUGGCGGACCGUAGAGCGGCUCCCGCUCCCCGCUCCUCCUUUCCUGCCUUCCCCCCUCCCUCCAGUCCUCUGGAGAAGUCGGGAUGGGCCAGGGUCGGGGAGAGCGGGAGAAAGGAAAAGAAGAGGGCGAAAGCCCUGACUGAGGACGGCCUAAAGGAGGCCCUCUCUAGAGUCCUCCCGGCCGUCCUCGCCGAGAUGGGACUUCUCCCCGCCCCUAGGAUGGCGGAGAGGCCCAGGGCGCCCCCGACUGCUGACAAGAUUGCAAAGCAGUCCGGGGUUGCCCCUCAGAAAGAAGAGGGCAACGCGGCCGUAGCAGCCGCGAGACCCGCUCCGAGGCAGGAGGCCACCCCGUCCAUACUUGAGUUGUGGACGGAGGUGGUCUCCAAAAAGACCAAAAAGAAGGCCGCCAAAGCCGCCGAGAGGGCGACAAAGACGGUUCCACCCUUGGUGGCGAGGCCGACAAGGGUUCUGUCCCGCCCUCGAAAAACCCCCCCCAACAGUCUUCUUCCUCUUCGAAGAAGAAGAAGAAGAAAAGGGGUGGACGUGGAGGGGGACAGGGGGGACCUGGGGGGCAAACCCCAGGAGGAGCCGGCUCUCAGGGUCCGGCCAAGGUGA